AUGUCUAAUCAUAUCGAAGCCAAGCUAGCUACACUUGCUAUCCAUGCCGAUAAUCCUCUCAAUAAAGUCACAGACGUGGCCCCUCCAAUUCACCUAUCCACAACUUUUAGAUACCCAGAUGACCCGAAUGACUUGACUGUAGUUUCUGACUUCAAGCUAUCGCAGGGCGAUAUAACCAGCCAUGACUUCGUUUAUUCUCGGUUGGCAGCUCCCAAUUCGACUCGCUUUGAAGCAAUCCUUACCGCUUUACUCAAGGGCCGCGCCCUCGCCUACGGAUCUGGAUUGGCUGCCUUCAAUGCAGCCCUGGUUCUCUUGAAUCCGCGCCGUAUCUCCGUCGGUGAAAACUACCAUGGCUGCCAUGGUGUCAUCGACAUAUUCAAACGAGUGUCUGGCUUGCAAAAGCUGGAAUUGGACUGCCCUGCCGAAGAACUACAAGCUGGAGACCUCAUCUUCCUAGAAACCCCCCUCAACCCGCACGGAACCGCAUUCAACAUCGAACACUACGCGCAAAAGGCCCACUCUAGAGGCGCAUUCCUCCUUGUCGACAGCACAUUCGGACCGCCGGGCCUCCAAGACCCAUUCGAAUGGGGCGCUGAUCUAGUCAUGCACUCGGGCUCCAAAUACUUCGGCGGACACAGCGACCUCCUCUGCGGCGUCCUGGCCACCAAACGCACCGACUGGUUCAACCAACUCUUCAUCGACCGUCUGCACCUAGGCAAUAAUAUGGGCAAUCUCGAAAGCUGGCUGGGCGUCCGCAGUCUACGCACACUCGAGCUCCGCGUCCAACGCGCCAGCCAAUCCGCCACCAAACUCGUCUCCCAUCUACAUACCUCUUUGACUACGACCAACCCACCACCCAAUUCCCCCGCCGCCACUAUCCAGUCCGUCCUCGCAGAAAUCCGGCACGCAAGCCUUCAAUCCGACGAAUGGGUCCAUAAGCAAAUGCCGCAUGGCUACGGACCCGUCUUUUCGAUUUUAAUGAAAUCGCCGGAGUUGGCGAGGAAGUUGCCUAGUAAAUUACACUACUUUCAUCAUGCGACUAGUCUGGGUGGUGUCGAGAGCUUGAUCGAGUGGCGUGCGAUGUCGGAUUCGAGAGUUGAUCAGAGGUUGCUGAGGGUUAGUGUCGGCGUCGAGAAUGUGGAGGAUUUGAUUGGAGAUUUUGUGCAGGCCUUUACGGCUUUGGCGGCGGAGUAA